AUGCGCAUCAACAAGCAGCUGCUGUAUGCCGUCUUGGCGGCUGGCCAAUCUCUCGUCCACGCCAGCGGUACGGAGACGGAUACACGCUCCAUCGACGAAAUUUACGAAGCCGCGAGAAACGAAUCCGGAGUCCUCAAUGUCUAUUUUGGUGGUAGUUCUCAGGCGGCAGCUGCACCAUUGCUUAACGCGUUUCGCAGUCGAUUCCCAGACGUGGAGAUCAACAUUACCGCAGAGUUAUCAAAAUAUGCCGAUUCCAAAAUUGACCGCAGCUACAUUGAAGGCAACCCAUUUAUUGAUGUGGCCAUCUUGCAAACGGUGCAGGACUUUGCUCGCUGGGACAAGCAGCUCCGCCUCUUGCACUACAAGCCAGCCAAUUUCGAUGAUAUUAAUCUUGCCAUCAAGCACAUUGACGGUGCUUAUUUCCCCGUCACUUUCAAUCAAUUCGGUCCAUUCUACUACGAUUCCGACCUGGUCCCACAGGAGAGAGUACCAACGACUUAUGCUGAUGUGCUGGAUCCUUACUGGAAAGGAAAGAUUGUGCUGACGUACCCAAAUGACGAUGAUGGCGUUCUAUAUCUAUUUGCACUCAUCAUUGAGCGCUACGGCUUUCAGUGGCUCGACAGCCUCUUGCAGCAGGAUGUUCAAUGGGUUCGUGGAGCCUCGGCCGCCACCGGCACCAUCAUCAGCAAUCACAACGCUACCAAUGGCUCUCGAGUCUUGACAUUCUCCGGCCUGGGAGGCUUCACUCCCUCGACAUCAUUCUUGCUCGUGCAGAGGCCGGCGCCGCCCGACCGCUUCAUGACGUGGGCUCAGCUGGCAGGCAUCUUUGCAUCGACACCGCGCCCGGAGAGCGCCAAGCUCUUUGCGUCCUUCUUGUUGAGCGACGAGUGGCAGCAGCCCAUUGCGCAAACCGGCGCUCCCUCUAUCCGGACUUCUCUCACGGGCGAUAAUAAUGUAUUCGCCGCCAACAACACGGAACCGACUGGGUACAUUACCUUUAUGAGCAACCGAGAGGAGGUCGAGUGGUGGAGGCUGCAGCUGGAGACCUCUAUUGGCCUCGCAGUGGGACCGAAUCCGGUAAUUCCGGUAACUCCUACUAAUAGCACCUGA